UUUAUAAAAUUCAGGACUAAACUCGAAUUCAGUCUUUGAAAUCUGUAAAAUCCGAAGCUAAAAAUGUUUUGCCAAAGUGCUAUUUAAUUAUGAUAUUUAUUUUUUUGUCAGUUUUAGCUCAGCGUUGCUCUAAUUUUACUCACACCUAUAGCAAAACUUUCUUAAAAAUAUUUUGGAGCUUAGUAUUCAACUUGCAUGUGAUGCGUUUUAAAUGAAUAAUAACAAUCAUGUAAAACAAAUUCACACCUAAUUUCUUAUACAUGCCAAAACCAAUAUAUAAACAAACAAAACACUCUUCAUAUACAAGACAAGCACUAUAAAUGCAUUCCAUAACCGUUAAAACUUCUAACACCACCACCACUACAGCACUACUCCACUCUCUCCUUUAACUAUCUCUGAACAAGUGUAAGUUAGCGACAUACAAUGGCUUCACUUCUUGUCCUCUUCGUCUUCUUCUUCUUCAUCUCCUCUUGCUCUGCUCAAUCCUACAAUGUCUUGUCCUUUGGAGCUAAACCGGACGGAAAGACAGACGCAACCAAAGAGUUUAUGGCGGUUUGGAAAACCGCUUGUGCCUCGUCUCGUCCCGUGACCAUUGUGGUUCCUAAAGGCCGGUUCUUGUUAAGGAGCCUUAAUUUCGACGGUUCCAAGUGCAAGCGCAAGCACAUCACGUUCCGUGUAGACGGUACAUUGGUGGCUCCGGCUGAUUAUAGAGUUAUCGGUAAUGAAGAUUACUGGAUUCUUUUCCAGCAUCUUGACGGAGUCACCGUCUACGGCUACGGCGGAGUUCUUGACGCUCAAGGAACUUCUCUAUGGGGUUGUAAAACAUCCGGCAAGAAUUGUCCUAGAGGAGCCACGACCAUAGGGUUUCAGAGCUCAAGAAACGUUGUGGUCUCCGGGCUGACGUCACUCAACAGCCAGAUGUUCCACUUCGUCAUCAACGGUUGCAACAACGUAAAGCUUCAAGGAGUCAAAGUAUUAGCCGCAGGAAACAGCCCCAACACAGACGGUAUCCACAUUCAGUCUUCCUCCACCGUCUCUAUCUUCAGUACCAAAAUUUCCACCGGCGACGAUUGUGUCUCCAUCGGUCCCGGAACCAACGGUCUAUGGAUCGAAAAUGUAGCAUGUGGUCCCGGUCACGGCAUCAGCAUUGGGAGCCUGGGAAAAGAUGCAGUGGAGUCAGGUGUACAGAACGUGACUGUGAAAACGGUGACGUUUACGGGGACGCAAAACGGAGCGAGGAUCAAAUCAUGGGCCAGGCCCAGUAGUGGAUUCGCUAGGAACAUCCGCUUUCAACAUUGUGUAAUGAACAACGUAGACAACCCCAUAAUUAUUGACCAAAACUACUGUCCUCGUAGCGAAAAUUGCCCUCGCCAGGUUUCGGGUAUCAAAAUCAGCGAUGUGUUGUUCGUUGAUAUACAUGGAACAUCGGCAACUGAAGUUGGAGUGAGACUUAACUGUAGUCCUAAGAAACCGUGUACCGGAAUUCGACUUAAGGAUGUGAAAUUAAAGUACCGUAAUAAACCGGCUGCGUCGGCUUGUGUUCAUGCCGGAGGGAUAGAAGCUGGAUUGUUUCAGCCAAACUGCCUAUGACAGAAAUGAAUAUAUGUCUCUCUUUUUUAAUUAUUCUUACAUAAAAUUAAAAAGUAUUGUAAAUUGAGAUGCAUGAGCCUGUGGCUGUUGACGGUCCACUAGGCCGAGAGCCUGGCCUUGCUUUGUAGGGAUAUGGUUCAUAGCAAGCAUUGAUGAUUUCAUAUGUGUUGCGUAAGUUAUGUUAUUUGUUAGAUUUAAUAUUAUUUUUAUUUACCUAUUUGGGAUUUUU